UCCGGCGUAUCGUGCACGCAGCCAGAAAGCUGCUGGGAGGAGUUGCGGUGUGUGCAGAUGUCGGCGUUGCGGCACGUCGUGUGUGCCCUGUCUGGCGGCGUGGACAGCGCGGUGGCCGCGCUGCUGUUACGGCGGAGAGGUUACCAGGUGACAGGGGUAUUUAUGAAGAACUGGGACUCGCUGGAUGAGCAGGGCAUUUGUGCUGCUGACAAGGACUGUGAAGAUGCGUAUAAAGUGUGUCAGAUCUUAGACAUCCCUUUCCACCAGGUGUCCUAUGUGAAGGAGUAUUGGAAUGAUGUAUUCAGUGACUUUCUGAACGAGUAUGAGAAGGGAAGGACCCCGAACCCCGACAUCAGCUGCAACAAGCACAUCAAGUUCAGCUGCUUUCACCAUUAUGCUGUGGACAAUCUUGGAGCAGAUGCUGUUGCCACUGGCCACUAUGCAAGGACGUCCCUGGAGGAUGAGGAAGUCUUUGAGCAAAAGCACACUAAGAGACCAGAUGGACUGUUCAGGAAUCGAUUUGAAGUCAGAAAUCCCGUAAAACUUCUCCAAGCAGCUGACAGCUUUAAAGACCAGACCUUCUUUCUCAGCCAGGUUUCCCAGGAUGCCCUGAGAAGAACCAUCUUCCCCCUGGGGGAAUUAACAAAAGAUUUUGUAAAGAAAAUAGCUGCGGAGAAUAGACUCCAUCAUGUGCUUCAGAAGAAAGAGAGCAUGGGCAUCUGCUUCAUUGGUAAGAGAAACCUGGAGCAUUUCCUUCUUCAGGUGAGUGUGUCUGACGUGAGUGGCGGUCUGCUCUGGGCUGGGGCUCCAGUAGUGAUGAAACCUGUCUUCCAGUAUUUGCAGCCUCGGCCUGGGAAGUUUAUUUCUAUCGAGGAUAACAGAGUUCUGGGAACACACAAAGGUUGGUUCCUAUACACAUUGGGCCAGAGAGCUAAGAUCAGCGGCUUGAGCGAGCCCUGGUACGUGGUGGAGAAGGAUGGCACCAAGGGUGACGUGCUUGUGGCUCCCCGGGUAGACCAUCCAGCUCUGUACAGGGACCUGCUGAGGACCAACCGAGUGCACUGGAUAGCUGAGGAACCACCUGCAGCCUUGGUCAGAGACAAGAUGAUGGAGUGCCACUUCCGAUUCCGCCACCAGAUGGCACUAGUGCCCUGUGUGCUGACGCUCAACCAGGAUGGCACUGUGUGGGUGACGGCUGUGAAGGCUGUGAGGGGCCUUGCCCUGGGACAGUUUGCAGUGUUCUACAAGGGUGAGGAAUGCCUCGGCAGUGGGAAAAUCCUGCGGUUAGGGCCAUCUGCCUACACACUCCAGAAGGGCAAGAACAGAACCAGAGUGGCUCCUGAGGUCUCCAGUGACAGCCCAGGCCUGCACCCCACAUCCUGACAAUGACAGAAUCUGCAGCAGGAUGGUCAGUGAUGGGCUUUGGUGUGGCCAGAAACAGUGGGCAGGCUGGCUGCAGUCAGGGCAGCCUGAGGAGGGAGUGUCUGCGCUGCUACUCCAGGAAACCAGAAGUACGAGCUGGCACCGGGUCUGCCUCAAGGGCCCUGAUGGGGCUGCUCUUCCACAGUGUCCAGAGAAGGCCAGCACAGGAAGAGCAGCAGCAAAUAAAACUCUGUCAAAGUCUGA